GAAGGCGGAGAACAGAAUGAAAGGGUCGGUAGCGGGGAAGGAUGCGGAUUAGGGUAGCCUGCCGGUCGGCCUGUCCACCGACGAUGGUUUCAGUCGUGUGACAUGAAGAUGGGCGGAGACAACGGCCCGGGCCUGCGGUGUGCUGCACAAGGAGGGAGAGCUUGUCAUUUACGUGUCGCCUCAAGUGAUCCGUGACACCGAGGAUUGUGUGGCUCAAUCAGGAGGCUUUGUGUUUGCUGUGAGGCUCACUUGUUGUGCUCUAAAAUCUGCUUCUUCCUAAACAUUUGUGGACACCAGGAGCCCUCCGUCGUGUUUGUCCUGCCAUCAUGGGUUUAGCCGUCGUUGUAGCAUCCUCACCAGCUGAUCUUUCCUCCGGCGCUGCAGCGGACUGGAUGUCAACCUGAGCGUCUUCAAGUCAAAGCAGACAAACCAGAAACACAACUCCACUGUGCGUCAGCAUGGAGGCUCGCUGGUGCACGGCCGUGUGCGUGUGGACGGCCGUGUGCGUGCUGAGCAGCGGUCUGUCCGUCCCGGACUCCUCGGGCCUGUCUCUGGCCAUCCGCGUGCCACUGCGGCAAGGCGCUCGCGGUGAGCAGCCGUCGCCGCGGCCACCUGCCGCUGCCGCAGCUGCCGCGUCGCGCCGCGAGGGCGGCAACGCGGGAGAACAUCCUGCGCGCAGGCGGCGAGGAGCGGCGGCGCGCGGCGUCAGCUUCGUGGACAUGAUUGAUAACCUGCGUGGGAAGUCCGGCCAGGGCUACUACGUGGAGAUGGCCGUGGGCUCCCCUCCGCAGAAGCUGAAUAUCCUGGUGGAUACAGGAAGCAGUAACUUUGCUGUCGGGGCAGCUGCUCAUCCUUUCCUACGCAGAUACUACCAUCGUUCACUCUCCAGCUCAUACCGAGACCUGGGCAGGAGUGUGUACGUUCCCUACACCCAGGGGCGCUGGGAAGGGGAGCUGGGCACCGACUUGGUCUCCGUCCCACAUGGCCCCAAUGCCACACUGCGCGCCAACAUCGCUGCGAUCACCCAGUCAGAUCGCUUCUUCAUCAAUGGCUCUAACUGGGAGGGAAUCCUGGGACUGGCCUAUGCGGACAUAGCCCGACCGGAUGAGUCGUUGGAGCCUUUUUUUGACUCUUUGGUUCGCCAGACUUCCGUCCCAAACCUCUUCUCUCUCCAGCUGUGUGGUGCAGGCUUCACCCAGAACUACUCGCUGGGCAGCGCGACAGUCGGUGGCAGCAUGAUAAUCGGAGGAGUGGACCCGUCGCUGUACGUGGGGGAGCUCUGGUACACGCCCAUUCGCAGGGAGUGGUACUACGAGGUGAUUAUCGUGCGUAUCGAGGUGAACGGACAGGACCUCAACAUGGACUGUAAAGAGUACAACUACGACAAGAGCAUUGUGGACAGUGGGACCACCAACCUUCGACUGCCAAGAAAAGUCUUCCAGGCUGCAGUUAAGGCGAUUGAAGCAGCCUCUUCGACAGAGCAGUUUCCCUCUGGUUUCUGGUUGGGGGAGCAGCUGGUGUGUUGGCAGGCUGGAACUACGCCGUGGCACAUCUUCCCCGUCAUCUCCCUCUACCUGAUGAGUGAAAACCGCAACCAGUCCUUCAGAAUCUCCAUCCUACCGCAGCAAUACCUGCGGCCAGUGGAGGAUGUGGCCUCUGCUCAGGAGGAUUGCUACAAGUUUGCCGUGUCCCAGUCCAGCACUGGCACCGUGAUGGGAGCCGUCAUCAUGGAGGGCUUCUAUGUGGUCUUCGACCGUGAGAAGAAACGCAUCGGCUUUGCUGUUAGCACCUGCCAUGUGCACGAUGAGUUUCGGACAGCCUCGGUGGAAGGACCGUUCCACGGCGUCGACCUGGAGGACUGCGGCUACAACAUCCCCCAGACAGACGAGUCCACUCUCAUGACCAUCGCCUACAUCAUGGCGGGUAUCUGCGCCCUCUUCAUGCUGCCGCUGUGUCUCAUGGUGUGCCAGUGGCGCUUCGCUCGCUGCAUCCACCCACACGGGGACUUUGCCGACGACAUAUCACUACUGAAGUGAAGCGGAGAAGUUGGGGACAGGAGUCGCAGAGACCUACGCUUUAAAUGCAGGACACAGAUGGAUUGUGGUCAAAGGGAUGUUACAACAUGUUGGUGUUGUUAAAGGAGAGCUUUGAUAUAUGAAGUGUAGACAUACAGUGAACACACAGCGAGGCUUGCUGCUCUCAAGCUGUUUGCCAGGAUAAAUAGAGCCAUUACUAACCUGAAGGACAGACAAGAGAAAGGUGUUGUCAUCAGCAGCAACUUUGCCUGUUUAAGCUACCUAUGCAGAUCAGCAUGGCUAGAGGAACACAUGAGGAGAAAAGGGAAACAAAAAAAACUGCUCCUUGUUAUAAAUAGUGUAUAAAUAAACCACAGAGACGGAUUGGAUUUGGAAUUCUGAACGAUCUGGCUCAACAAUGCUCGACACGGAGUGAUUUGGGGAAAGAGAAAACAGAUAAAUUACAAACAUGGUUAAACGAAGAAACUCUGAACCUCGAUGUGAAUGCAAGACGGGAAUCCCUCCUGUAGUUGGGCAUGGUUUGCUGUGGUGUGAUUUGAAACAUGAACGCGUGGCUACGUGUGUGUUUGUAGUUUUUCUGUUUGUGGCUUACGAUCGAAUGAAAGCAGUUGGAUAUGUGUGAGCAUGCCUGUAUGUGUGACCAGCUGUCCUGUAAGUAAAGAGUAUACAGAAAGGUUUAAUGAAAAUGAAGCUGAUACUUAUGAAAAUGAUACUAGCAUCUAUGAAAUUACACUAUUUUGCAUAUGCCAGCAAAGUCUUCUGCAAUGCAAGUAAAUAAAGAGGCUAAUGUGAUGAAAAAUCAGAGUGUAACAGCAUUUACAGUUUAAAUCGGUUUCGCUUAGCGUGAAAACUGAGACUACUGAACACGGUAAUACCAGAUGUCACUUUUUCUUCUUGUAUUGAUAGCUUAAAUUUAUCUAUUGUACAUAAGAUUUGUGCAUUCCAGACGUUCUGUUUGCACACACACACACACACAAAACACACACACACACAGUGCUUAUCCUACUGCUGCACCAUCUGAUGAUUUGCACAUGUAACAACACAUUACAUGUUAACAAACCCAGACCUAAUAGGGCUUCUUUCACAGACACACAAACAGCGGAACUCACCACAUCUUCCAACGGGGACCAUAUAUGCUUGGAGAAGGAAACCAGCCCAAAGUAUGUUAUACACUAAAGAACACUAUGUAUGUCUAUAAGGGACAGUUUGUCUCUGAGCAAGCUGUAAAUAGAUCCACUCAGAACUGUAUAUUUAUCUGUCAGGCGCUGGCAGCACUGUUGAACCAAUAAAGUACUUAUUGUAACUGUA